AUGGACGUCGCCGGUGACGGCGGAGGCGGCCGCCGCCCCAACUUCCCUCUGCAGCUCCUUGAGAAGAAAGAGGAGCAGCCGUGCUCCAGUUCGGCUGCGGUGGGCACGUCGGCGGGAGGCAACGGGAAUGGAUCGGGGGCCGGAGGUGAGGUGCAGGUGCGGAAGGCGGCACCCAAGCGGAGCUCCACCAAGGACCGGCACACCAAGGUGGAAGGCAGGGGCCGUCGCAUCCGGAUGCCAGCGCUGUGUGCGGCCCGGGUGUUCCAGCUGACGCGAGAGCUCGGGCACAAGACGGACGGCGAGACCAUCGAGUGGCUGCUGCAGCAGGCGGAGCCGGCGGUGAUCGCGGCCACCGGCACCGGCACCAUCCCGGCCAACUUCACCUCCCUCAACAUCUCCUCCGCUCCUCGGGCUCCUCGUUCUCCGCCCCGGCCCACCUCCGCGCCGCCUUGCCUAGCCCCGCCGCCGCCGCCCGCCUCGUCGUCGUCGUCGCCGUCCCCCUUGUUGCUUAACUUCCACUCCGGCAGCGUCGGUCUUGACGUGCAGCCGUCGCCGUCUGCCGCCGCCGCAGCCGCCGAUAUGUCGAGGAAGAGGCGGUGGGAACAAGAAAUGCAGCAACAGCAGCAGCAGCAGCAGCAGCAGGCGCAGCAAUAUCAGCAGCAGAUGGCGGGGUACACGCAGAGCCAAAUGCCGGGCACCGUGUGGAUGGUUCCGAGCAACAACACGCAGGGCGGUGGUGCACCUUCCAGCGGUGGCAGUGGCGGCAGCGGCGCAGGCAGCGGCGAGUCCAUCUGGACGUUCCCGCAGAUGGGCAGCGCCGGCGCCGCGGCUGCCGUGUACCGGGGCAGCGUACCGAGCGGGCUACAUUUCAUGAACUUCCCUGCACCGGUGGCGCUGCUUCCAGGGCAGCAACUGGGGCUCGGCCCCGUGGGUGGCAGCGGCGGCGGAGGCGGAGGCGAGGGGCACAUGGGGAUCCUCGCCGCCCUCAAUGCGUACCGGACACAGGCGGCAGCGGAUCCCGCGGCCAGUCAGGGCGGAGGAGGAGGUGGAGGAGGCGGGUCUGGCAAGCAGCAGCAGCACGGUGGCGGCCGCGGCGACCGGCAUGAGAGCAUGAGCACCAGCGACUCGUAG